AUGAACUCUGCUGCUGAUUGUUAUAUCAGCUUAUUGCUUACCUUCCUUCUUCUCCAGUGUUCCAACUCCUCUGACAACAUUACUCCAAACAAGCCCAUUACAGACGGCGUUGUUCUCGUCUCGAGCGGGAAAAUCUUUGCACUUGGAUUCUUCAGCCCAGGAAAUUCCAGCAAGCGUUUCGUCGGAGUCUGGUAUAACAAUGUUCCCAACCAAACAGUUGUGUGGGUUGCAAACAGAAACAGACCUCUCAACGAUACCAGUGGACUCCUAGCAGUACAUGGAAACGGAGGGCUUGUCAUCUAUGGAAAGGACCGAGGUACCCCCAUAUGGUCCGCUAAUGUUACUCUAAAUCCACCCGGUAAUUUCUUAGCCAAGAUUUUGGAUACAGGUAAUCUUGUUUUGCAUGAUAAUACGAGCCAAAGUGUUUCGUGGCAAAGCUUUGAUUAUCCCACAAAUACAAUGCUUCCAGGAAUGAAACUUAUGGUGGACCGGCGGUCCGGUUUGAACCGGUUCCUGACAUCUUGGAAGUCUAAAGAUGAUCCGGGCACCGGGAACUGUUCGUACCGGGUUGAUCCAGAUGGCUUGCCGCAGAUGUUUCUUUACAAGGAUGGAGCUCCACGGUGGCGAUCCGAGAUAACUUCUUGGAACAGCAAGACAUGGAAAGAUGUGAUGCGUUACUUCAACAAUCAAGAUGAGGUCUCUCUUAUGUCUGUCGUUAACACCAAUUCCUCAAUCCCACCGAGGACGGUGCUGCAUGAAUCAGGAGUCGUUGAAUGGUAUGCUUGGAAUGAUCUAUUACAACAAUGGACCAAGUACUGGUCUGCCCCAAGUGAUCGGUGUGAUAGCUAUGGACAGUGUGGUUUAAAUGGUAAAUGUGACCCUUACCGUGUUGAAGACAGGGUGGUUACCCUCGGCUGCUCUUGCCUACCCGGGUUCGGACCGAAGUCGCCGACUCACUGGAAAAUGAGAAAUGGCUCGGACGGGUGCAUAAGGGAGACAAGAGAGGCAAACAUGUGUAGGAAUGGGGAAGGGUUUGUGAAGGUGGAAAAUGUGAAAAUACCAAACUCGUCGAGGGCACGCGUGAAUAUGAACGUGAGUUUGAAAGGGUGUGAGCAGGAGUGCUUGAGGAACUGUUCUUGCACGGCGUACUCCGGUGCCGAUGAGAGCAGCGAGGAGAAUGGAUGUGUAACAUGGUAUGGUGACUUGAUGGACACAAGUACUAUUUUGGAUGGUGGUCAAGAUUUAUAUGUCCGAGUUAAUGCAAGUGUCUUAGGGUCAACAUACUUUGCAGAAUCUGAUAAUACAAACUCAGAUUUACCAUUCUUUAAUCUAACAAUCAUCGGAGCCGCGACGAACAAUUUCUCUGUUGAAAACAUGAUUGGAACAGGCGGCUUUGGCUCUGUUUAUAAGGGGACCCUUUCGAAUGGAACGGAAAUAGCAGUAAAACGACUUUCAGAGAAUUCAGGUCAAGGAAUUCAGGAGUUUAAGAAUGAAGUCAUGUUGAUAGCAAAACUCCAACACAGAAAUCUUGUGAGAAUAUUUGGUUGUUGUGUUCAAGAUAAAGAGAAAAUGCUAAUCUAUGAACACUUGCCGAAUAGAAGCUUGGACCUUUUCAUUUUCAAUGAAACCAAUAGAGCACUUUUAGAUUGGACAAAACGUUGUGAGAUUAUUCAUGGGAUUGCUCGAGGACUCUUAUAUAUGCAUCAAGAUUCAAGGUUAAGAAUCAUCCAUAGAGAUCUGAAGGCUAGCAACGUUCUACUGGAUGCUUCGAUGAAUCCGAAGAUUGCAGAUUUUGGUCUGGCGAAAAUAUUUAGGGGAGAUCAAAGUGAAUGUGAAGCAAAUACAAACCGUGUGGUUGGAACAUAUGGUUAUAUGUCACCAGAGUAUGCAAUGGAAGGAAUAUUUUCACUAAAGUCGGAUGUUUAUAGUUUUGGGGUUCUAGUACUGGAAAUCAUUACUGGUCAAAAGAACACUAGGCAGUUCCAUACACAAUAUCAGAACACAAAUCUGGUUAAAUAUGUAUGGAACUUGUGGAAAGAAGGUAAUGUCUUGGAAGUCGUUGAUCCAUUUCUCGGCGUAUCAUACCCUGUCAAUGAAGUUCUCCGAUGUAUCCAAAUCGCCUUCUUGUGCGUGCAAGAGUAUGCUACUGACCGGCCAAACAUGUCAGCGGUUCUUCUAAUGUUGAGUAACGAUGCAGAUCUUCCUUCACCAAAACGACGGACUGCGUAUUCAUUGUUGGAGAUAAGUGAUGACAGUGGAGAAUGGUCAAGCCGUGUAAGAGCUGAUCCCGUAAAUGAACUGAUAUGA